AUGGUCCCCCAAGAAGCCAGUCUCCGCGUGGUCAUCGUCGGCGCUGGUCUCAGUGGCAUUGCUACUGCCAUCUCCGCCGCACUCUCCGGUCAUUCAGUCCAGGUCAUUGAGCAAGCACCGGAGCUAGCCGAGGUUGGUGCCGGCCUGCAGAUUACCCCAAAUGCCUCGCGUCUCCUCAAAUACUGGAAGCUCCGGGAUUCGCUAUGGGAGGCCGCAGCUGAGCCCACGAAAUUGACCGUCCACCGGUACUCGGGUCAAGUGCUGGCUCACGACGACGCUUUCGACAAGAGAAUCCGUGCUAAGUAUGACGAUGCGCCUUUCGUCGACUUGCACCGAGUGGAUCUGCAACAAGCUUUGUAUGCGCGGGCCCAGGAUCUGGGUGUGGUUUUCCACCUGGGUGAGCGGAUUGAGCGGAUCGACUUUGACGCUACCACCGUUCACUCGGUGGCGGGGAGCAACUACACUGGUGAUCUGAUUGUCGCGGCGGAUGGCCUUUGGUCUAAAUGCCGAGAGGCCUUUGAGGGAAAGAAGGAUGAACCACUGCCUACGGGUGAUCUGGCGUAUCGGAUUGUCUUGAGUUCGGACCAGGUCGCUGAUCCGGAGCUCAAGGCGCUUGUGGAGAACCCCGAGGUGCACUUCUGGAUUGGACCUGGUGCUCAUGCUGUCGCGUACUCUGUUCGCGGCGGAAAGAUGUACAACAUUGUCUUGCUGGUGCCUGAUAACCUGCCGCCCGGUGUUUCGAGACAGGCUGGCUCGGUCGCGGAGAUGAAGGAGCUGUUUGUGGGUUGGGAUCCAAUCCUUAACAAGUUCUUGGAUUGUGUCAUGAGUGGCAGUAUCGACAAGUGGAAGCUGAUGCACCACGGUGAAAUGGACAAGUGGGUUAAUGACAAGUCGAACCUCGUCUUCAUUGGUGAUUCCUGCCACCCAAUGCUUCCCUAUCUGGCACAGGGUGCCAACUCCUCAUUAGAGGACGGUGCCGUUCUCGGCCAGUUGUUGGGGCAUAUGACGGAUAAGGCCCAGCUGCCUCGUAUCCUGCGUCUAUAUGAGAGCCUUCGCAAGUCUCGGGGAGAGGCCAUCGUUCGGGAGACAUUCAAGCAGAGACACGACUUCCACAUGGAGGAUGGUGAGGAGCAGAAGAAGCGUGACGAUGUCUUCCUCUCGCAGCUUGGCAAGGAGAUCAAGGGACAUUUCCCGAGUCGAUGGACAUGCCCAGAAGUCCAGCCUUGGCUAUACGGCUAUGACGCCAUCAAGGAAGUCGAGAAGGCGGUUGCUCAAAAUCCAGACGUCUUUGCCAAGCAGCCCGCAUCUCGAUCAUCCACUUGUUCAGUUUUAUAA